AGCCAAAACAUGUGUUUAUUUGUUUACGGAAACGUCAUAUAUUAAAAAGCCGAAAUUACAUUUUUCAACAAUUUGUUUUCUUUGUAUGCUGAAAUAAAAAUUUUGAAAUGUCUAAAAUUGUAGAAUUGCGUCCAGAUCGUAAUCUCAUACGAAACAAUUUCGAAGGUUACAAGUUAUCGUUAGAUCCGGUGCCACUAUUACGCCAGGAGCUGUCUUCCCUUCCUUUUAGAGCUGAAACCAAUGAAGACCAGUACUCUCUAUUGCACGCGGAACUUUUCUCCAUGCAAAAUUUGCUGCAUGUGGAUCCUUGGUCUCGUACAAUUUGCUAUUAUAUUAGUCGCCUUGGAGAAAUUAUAAGGACUGUUUAUAAUGAAUCAACCGGUCGUGGUGAAUCAAUGCAAAUCGUAUAUCGCCUGAAUACGGCUGCUACACGUGUGAAAGGAGAUUACAAUUAUUCCAUGCGCUUUAUAUCUGAAAAGUACUGUGUUAUAUGCGAUGGUAUUCAAAGCAUUUAUUUAUUAGACACCAAAGAUCGUCUUAAGGCAACCGAAUGGAUUUUGAUUGCCGAAACGAACUUAAACAAUGAGGCGCUGGGAGAGCGUAAUUUUAUGCUAUUUGAUUGCCGCUUGGAUAUUGUGCAGGAGAAAAAACAAAUCAGUAUGGCAAUUGGUAGAGUUAAGAGGAUAGACAACAUCACUGCGGGUGGAUCAAGUCAUUUCAUGCACUUGCAUUGGGGAAAAUGGAUACAAAAUGAAAACUGGGAUUUUUCGGUGAUUGAUACCCUUGAAGGUAAAGGAUCUUUGUAUUACUGUGCUUUUGAACCGCGUGCGGAAUCCCUGAUUAUAUGCUCGAAUCAUGAAUAUAGUUUUCGUUCUAAAAAAACGAAUGGUAGUUGCGAAAUUAAUGUUGAAAACGCUGAGCUUCACGAUGAAAAUUAUGAAAUUGGGGGCUACACUUGGUCACAAACAGACGAAGACAUCAUUAUCAAAUUUGACGUUAAGGAAGGGAAAGAAAGAUCAGAUUAUAAGAUAAAAUACGUCGCUAAUAAACUCACUGUAAAAGUAGGCGAGGAAGUGCUUCUUGAUAAUGAGCUAUACGAUAAGAUUGAUCAAGAGUUGACGACAUGGACUAUCGAAAACAAUUAUUUACAAAUAACUCUAGUUAAACAAAAUCAAUCUUCGAGCUGGUUAUCACUACUCAAAAAUAAUGCUGGGCCUAAAGAAACGUUGGAUGAUAGCAGACAAUCCGAUUGGCCUAUCGAUCAAAAGCCUAUAGCAAAUUUAGAGACACCUAUCGAAGAUUGUGACUUUCCAAUGGGUACUAUCGACGAUGAAAUCAAAAUUGGUCGCUAUCAUAUGCCAAGUAAGUCGGUUACACACGCUGUUUUGUUCGGAUCAACGCCUCCGAUAUUUUCCACUAUUUUGCGUCCCGGGUUUCCUAACGCUUUGGCGAUAAGACAAGACGUUGAUGCUGGGCUUUGGCUGCAGCAGUAUAAUCCGUCCAAACCUGAAGAUUGGUCUCUUCGGCAUGAGGGCAACUUGCAUGCAUUUGGAUAUGUGCAAGCUUCCAAACAACAACGAAAGUUCGUUGAUUGCUCACCAGAUUUAAACUACGCAAUUAUUUGUGAAUCGCAUCGUCAUGUUUUCCUUUACAAAUCAAAUUACGACGGAGCAGAUGGAUUGAGAAACCGUAAUGGUCCACAAGUUAAAAUAGGCAAGCAGCAUUUAAUAACACUUGAAGACGCUGGCGAAGUGCUAGGAUUAGCGACUGCUGAACAUGUAGUAACAAUACUUACCGAACGUUGUAUUAUACAUUUGCAGUUAAGUUAACUAAAGUAAUAUAAUAUAUAUAGUUUAUAAUGCAAAAUAAAUUUUAUAUGAGUCUAAAA